AUGGAAGUAACUGAAUACCAGUUCCAAGGCAUUGAGGGAGAAACAGUACCAAAUUUUGUUCUAAAACUGAUUGUCAAUCCAGGCAUUCGGGAAUUGCCUCGUUACUUGUGCGCAAAUCAGUUUGAUUUGCAGGAAGUAAGUCUACCUGAAGGAUUAAUCAAGAUUGGUCAUGGGGCGUUUGAUUUCUGCUGUUACUUGACUGAAAUCAAGAUAUGCAGCACCAUAGAGUCCAUUGGGGAAGCUGCGUUUGUGCACUGCAAGCGGCUAGCAAAAGUAGAGUUUGAAUAUUCCUCCUCUUCGCCCCAUCAAAUCAAGGCAAUUGGCAAAUUCGCUUUCAGUUGUUGUGUUUUACUACAACGAGUCAAGAUUCCCUCGUCGCUGAAAGUGAUAGGCAACGAUGCCUUUCAUGCCUGUAAAAUCUUGAUAGAAGCAGAUCUGUCGACGACUUCCAUUGCUGAGAUCCCCCAUGAUGUCUUCCUUGAUUGCCGCUCCCUGCAAACUGUGAGUCUCCCAAAAUCAUUAGAGCUAAUUGGACAAAAUGUAUUCCAUAAGUGCACGAGCUUGGUUACAGUGAUGGUGCCCGUGGAGUCCCAUGCGAUCGAGCUUGAAGGCAACUCAAUUGGUUUGUGCAACGCUCUUGCAAAUAUUGUGCUUCCGAAAUGGUCCAUUGCCAAUAAAGAAUAUUUUGAUAAAUGCACACUAUUGCAAGACCGCUUUGGUAAAGAAGCAGAUGAUAUUGGCGCUUGUUUGACACACCGGUUUGACAACUUUCCUUUGCACAGAAUCUGCUACUAUUACAAUUCCUCUGCUGCCGCCCUAGAACUUUGCGAUUGUAUUCAGAAGACAAAGGAGGAGGAGGAGUCACCGCUCGUGGAUAGGUUCGGGAUGACGCCAUUUCAUGUCCUGUGUUCGACCAUUGGACCAAGUCAAGAUCUGCUCCAAGUCCUUCUAGAUAAGCUUCCACACUAUGUUCUCGGCUGGAGAGAUGCUAAUGACAACAUGGCAAUGAAUUACUUGGUGAAUAACUGGACUGACGAAAACAAGAUUUUGCUGCAAAAGGUCCUGCAAAGUUGGAUAUUUAGUCGAUUGGAGCACUGGUGCUCGGAAAGUGGGAGGAGGCGAAUGAUCCCCCUUGUGAAUGCUGUACUUGCUGAAGACGACAAGGAGCGUAGAAUCACUGCAUUUGUAGAAGCAUGCUCGGUCUUUGCACAGUACGAAGGUAUGGAAGCCACGUCCAUCUUGGAGAUGACUCUGUGGAAAGGGAAAGUUAAUCAUGAAUGGAGCAAUGAUGGUUCCAACCGUCGGGCGCUAGAACGAGAAGAAAGCAGGUUUGUCUGUGGAUCGAGCAUUGUGAUGCCGAGUGUAAUGAUGUUCUUGACAACAGCCCGGCGGUAA